AUGCAGGUAGGAUCUGAACUGCGUAAUGUGUUCAACUGGCUUGGCUUCAGAGUGACUAUUAUGGAAGACCUGGGGGCGGCCGAGAUGAGGCAACGACUUGGCUUGAUAAGUCAGUCAGUGCGGGGGCACUGCUUCGUGUGCUGUGUACUCAGCCAUGGCAACGAGAAAGGAGUUUUUGGGAUUGAUCGUGAAAUCAUUACAGUCAAGGAAAUAAACUCUCUGUUUUCUCCGCAAAACUGUCCUGCUUUGGUCAACAAGCCCAAAGUGUUCUUCUUCCAGGCGUGCCGAGGAGGCCAGAGAGACCAUGUGCUUCAGGUACCCGCAGCGAGAGCAGAGGUGCAGGUGGACGCUGGAGAAAUUGAUGUCCCUGAGAGAGUGAUCAUCUCAACACCGGCUCACUCCGACAUCCUUAACUGCCUGUCCACAGUCGAAGACUACGUCUCAAUCAGAUGCAGGAAAACAGGCUCUUGGUUCAUCCAGUCUGUUUGUAGACAGCUGAAAGAUGGCUUCUGCAGGAAUGAUGAUAUUCUGACCGUUCUCACUCGAGUGAAUGCUGAAGUCAGCGGGUUAGAGGCCCGGAUUGGCCGAAACACUGUGAAGCAGAGCCCUGAGGAGAGGCACACUAUGAGGAAGAAGCUUUACUUCCGGGUGCCCAAAAAAGAAUAG